AUGACUGCCUCACUCAGGUCCCCAGCCAGUAGCGAUGGCGCAGAAUCCGACGUCAUUGGCAGAGACAUUCACGACGUCGCCAAACCCGCCGUGCUGCUCGACAAGGCCAAGAUGCAACGUCACUGCCAGACCUUACGCGCCGCUACUGAGCGUCUGGGUGUGGACUUUCGAUUCCAUGUGAAAAGUCACAAGACCAGAGAGGGUCUAAAGUUGCAAGCCGGUGAAUCGGCAAAGAAUAUCCGUCUGGUGGUGUCUACGAUAGCUGAGCUGGAACAUAUGCUGCCAAUCCUCCAAGAUUUCCAGACGACCGGUCGACAUGUCAACGUGCUAUAUGGGAUCCCUCUACCACGUUCUCAAGUCAGCCGACUUGCGGCGCUCGGGCGACGGCUCGGCGCAGGCAGUAUCUCGGUGCAGUCGACAACGAGCGUCAGCUGGAGCAUGUUUCCAGCCGGCGUCUUCCUCAAAAUUGACACGGGCUACCAUCGCGCCGGGCUGCCUCCGACAGGCGUGAACAAGAGCGGCCUCGUGGAGAGCCUGAUGCUUCUCGAACAGCAGGGCAGAGCCACGUUUGUCGGCCUAUACUCGCACAGCAGCCUCAGCUACGCUGAUUCCACACCACAAAAGGCCCUACUAAAUCUCGAAAACGAGAUCAAAGGCUGUCUCGAUGCCCUCACCAUCAACUCACACCUCUUCCCGGCGGCACAGAACCUGACCAUCAGCGUCGGCGCCUCACCCCAGGUGACCUCCAUCGAGACCCUCACCAACCCUACACAAGACACCACCUCACCCUCCCGUGAAGCCACCAAUCUCCUCCGAACCAUCCGCAGCGUCGCACAUGCCCGUCCCAGCGGCUUCAGAACUACCCUCGAGCUCCACGCCGGCGUCUACGCGCUCCUGGACGUGCAGCAACUCGCCACGCACUCCCGCGGCGCCCAGCUCGGGGCCUGCGAAGACGAGAUCGCCGUCUCUGUCGUGGCCGAGAUCUGCAGCGUCUACAACGACGGCGAGCGCGCCCAGCCGGAGGCCCUGGCUGCGGUGGGGACGCUGGGCUUGGGAAGGGAGCCUUGCGGCGCCUAUGCAGGGUGGGGGGUCGUGGAUCGGGAGGCGUAUGCUGGGUUAGGGCGGCAGGAUUCAGAGAGGCGGCUUGUGGUGGCGCGGGUGAGUCAGGAGCAUUCCAUCAUGGCGUGGGAGCAGCGACGGGAGGGUGAGGGCGAGGAAGUGUCACCUGUGCCGCCUGUGCCGCUGGAGGUGGGCCAGACGAUCCGCAUCUAUCCGAACCAUGCGUGCGUCGCGGGGGCGCUGUACCCCAGGUACUUGAUUGUGGAUUCAUCCGAUGAUAGUGGGGGGAGGAAGGUCAUUGACACGUGGGAGAGGGCUCGUGGGUGGUAG